GGAAGAGAACGUAUUACCUUGCUUUCCGUUUCCUCGCUUGAAGACAUCUCAAGAGUCUUUCAUGGGCUUACUUGGUCUUCUUUAUAGGAUGGGAAAUAAAUUCUUUCCUUCAGAAGGCUGAGGUCACUUUCAAGUGAUAUUCGUCCCAAAUCUGGAAGUCAGCGAAGACCGGCGAAGACAAAGGCCAUGUCCUCAUCAAGUACUACUUCAACAGCUGGCCAGCUGCACAAGUUGUGUCGCGAGGGUAAUGUAACUGAAAUCCGCUUAUUGCUUCGAGAAAUAUCAGAUGUCAGCAAAUUGGAUGAGCGUCUGGGUUUCCUAGGAUACACUCCACUUCACGAGGCAACUAACUUGGGACAGACCAGUGUGGUUAGAUUGUUACUUCUGUUUGGUGCCAACCCAAAUGCAAGAGCCAAUGGAUUUUAUACACCUCUUCACAUUGCAGCAUCAAUGGAUAAACUCGACUGUGUUGAAGAACUUUUGAAGUAUAAUGCUGAUAUUACUAGCAAGGAUGAGUUUGAAAAAACACCAUAUGAAACUGCUGUGAUUAAUAAUUGCAAGAAAACAGCUCGCCUCCUCAAAACUGAAGAGGUCAAGAAAGCGGCCAGAGAGAAUAGUCCCAACUUGCGUGCAUUACUGACAUUAAUUUCUCCUCGGGAUGUGUUACAAUCCUGCUUCAAGGAGGCUGUCCUUGAGGCAUCAAGAGGAGGUCACCUAGAUGCCAUUUGCUCUUUGAUAAUCUCAGGUGGGAGAUACUCCUUACACCUCAAAGACUGCAUUGUGCAAGCACUACAGGGUCAUUUCUGCGAGGCUGCAGCCAUGCUGCUAGCAUGUUAUGCUUCAAAGCAUGAUAAAAAAAAGCUUCUCAAAUACCUGCUAAAAGAAGAAAUGAGCAGAGAGGAAGAGCAGAAGGCUCUUGCGGAAUUGCCAGCUGGAGUGUGGCCGACUGAUGAUGAUUUUGCCCGAAUAAGGGCAUGUAUUGCUGACAAAGACUCAUUUCGUAGUGCGAUACCUAUUGGACUAGGAAUUCAGCAACAAAGAACAGCAGCUGUGGGGAUCAUUCUCUUAAACACAAACUGCAAUGAGAGGCAAAAGAGAAUUGAUUGGCCAAGACUUGCCUUGGGUGACAUGGAUCCAUCUUGGUUGGAAAAAGUGACAUGGGUGGAAAAACUCUUCUUAGCUUCAAAUCUGCUCACAAGUGUACCAAGAAAUAUAAAGAUGUUAAACAAACUGUGCUUUUUGGACUUGAGAAGAAACCAAUUAAAGAGUAUACCUGCCACUUUGCUUGAAAUGCCAAAUUUAAGAGAACUUAAGCUUUGCCACAACAAGAUUGUUGAGCUGCCUAAACAGUGUAAAUGGAGUUCGUCACUCAAGACACUCUAUUUGAGCGAUAAUCAAUUGCAAACAUUACCCAGGAGCAUGGCAGAAGCCAAGUUGUCAAUAUUUUACAUAGCAAGGAAUAAUUUAUAUGAAGUACCAAUGUGUAUCUGUGCAAUUACAACACUGCAAUCACUAGACCUGUCUGGCAACCCAAGACUAACUCAGCUUCCUCCACAAAUGGGAAGACUCACCAAUAUUGAAAUGCUCAAGUUGGAGAAUUUAGAUCAGUUGACAGAUCCCCCAGAGGAGAUCAAGAAAAAUGGUAUCAAAACCAUCAUGUAUCUUCGGAACAUCUUGCGCAGAUCAGAUGGGUAUUACACUUUGAAGCUGAUGUUAGUUGGUAGGGCUGGACAGGGAAAGACAACAUUGAAGCAUCGACUGAUGAGGGACUAGACCUACAAUGUCAACAACUCCACAAAUGGGAUUGCCAUGGACGAAUUUCGUUACAACCGAAGUGGUCUCUUUGCGAUGAACCCGGAAUUUUAUUUUAAGAUUUGGGAUUUUGGUGGUCAGGAGGACUUUUAUGCCACGCAUCAGUGUUUUCUCUCAACUCUGGCACUGUACCUCCUGGUAUGGAAUCUGGAGGAAGGUGAAAAUGGAAUCAAGAUGCUGACGAGCUGGUUGGACACAAUCGCAGCCAGCGCUGCCAACACAAACCUCAUCAUUGUGGGAACCCACCUGGAUAAAGUUCGGAAAAACAAGGAAAAGGGAUUCCCGGAGCGAAUGCGUGAACUGGUCGAGGAGCUGGUUUCUUUACCGAAGUACAAUCGAAUCAAUGUCAAGGGUAUAAAGGAAGUUAGCUGUGCUUUGGACAACAGAGAAGGCAUAGACAGCCUUCGAGUCACCAUUUACGAUGUUGCCAGGAGCCUCCAGAAGAGCGGCCGAGGACAGGUGUUAGUCAUGGGGGAAAAAAUCCCGCAUAGUUUUCUGUCAGUGGCAGAUGUCAUCCAAGCCAAGCGAAAGGAGCUACGGGAUAAAGGACGCAUGCCAAUCUUGCAUAAAUCCGAGUACGAGGCACUUGUUUUGGACACCAUAAAGAACGACCCUCUGGAUAUUGAGGACACUAAUGAUUUGACAGAGGUCACGCAGUUUAUGCACGAGAGAGGAAUUUUGAUGCACUACAAUGACCCAAAUCAAGAUCUUCAGGACCUUUUCUUCAUCGAUCCCCAGUGGCUUUGCGAGCUGAUGGCACAAGUCGUGACACUUCCCGUAGUUAACCCCUUCAUUCAUAAUGGCAUCUUGAAGCUUGAAGAUCUACCUCUGAUUUUUAGAGGUGAGCAAUUUCCGCACGAUAACUCCCCGCAGUUCAUUCGCCUUUUGAAUCGUUUUCAGAUCGCGUGCUCCUUGGACGAAGAUCGCGUCCUGAUACCUUCUAAACUGCCCGCCCAACAACCGGAUGAAGCAACGAAUGACGAUCUACCGUUCAUCACACUGAAGCGGCUGCAUUCGUUGCCCUACAUCCCUCACGGGUUCUGGUGUCGACUCAUUUCACGCUUGUUAUUUUACAUGAAAGACAUGCUGUCAAGCGGAGAAAACUUCAACCACCAGGGAUACAACACCAGUCCGUUCCAGCUGGAUCCCUUCUGCUGUCGGUGCCCAUUGACCGUGGUUGAUAUCCCUGACGGUCGCCCUGUUGAAAGCGACUAUGAUGGGCAUCUUUCCCCAUCCCUCAUCUUUCCCCACCCCUCAUUCCACCCCUCACUCGGUGGAUCGCUCGAGAAUCUGCAGGGAUCUCUCAACGAUUCUCCCGGUCUCGUUCGAUUCUUUAGUGGUCAACGCCAAGGAAAUUACAUCAACGGUAGAUUUUUCGCUUAUCCCGACAUUAGUUCUCGGAGUGAUUCGGGAUUCGAAUACAGUUCGGAAGACGAUGACGAAGCUCGCGCAAGGUCGGAAGGUAACACUAAUCGGACAUUUCCUGGAGCAAGUUCUAGGGAUGGCCCAAGAAGAAGAAACAGAAGAAUAUUUAAACAUGGUACUGAUCCAGGAAGACAAGGUCAAGACGAUACAAUUGCUGAUUUAGAUAGUGGGACUCCUAAAAGUGACUCAAGUGUACCUAUCUUGCGCCAGAAUUUUCGUUUAGCCUCAUUCUGCCCGAGUUACGAGGACGGGUCUUGUGGCACGCUUACCUCUGAAGUGUCAUGCACCAGCCUUAGACAGCUGCAAGGUUCUUCCACGCCUGACCACCGGCCAUCUGCAAACUGCAUGGCUGAAAAUGAAAACGCGAUAAAUUUACCCCGACGAGGGGAACUCCCCGAUGUCCAAGCUGGUCAAAACCUGCAGGAUAUCAGCCAGAGGGAAAGUCCCUCAGAAAAAAUCGACGAUCUUCUUGAAGUUAAAACAACUCAGCAUUGCAACAGCGAUGACAACGAUAGUGUUCCUUACUUCUCUGCUGGAUCCAGAUCGUGCACCCCAGACCAUACUCCUCGUGACCAAACUGACAACCAUCAGUACAGCUCUGAAUCAGAAGCGGCCUGGGACAAUCCUGACAUAGGUCUUUCCUCAGCAGUUACUCGUGAAGUUCCUGAAACUGGCCACCCCGGCGACAGCCUUGUUGCGGAUGACCCUGAAGGGUCUCCGCAAUUGACAGAAGAUUGUCCAAGAGGACCACAUUAUCAGCAAUGUACUGUAGAGGAGAAAGUCAACGUAGAGAUCUCCUCUGCGUUAAUCGGCCUUAUAUCCGAUAAGGAAUCCAGCCAGGAGUCUUUUCAUACGGGUUCAAGCCAAGGUUCCAGUGAAACUGGAGACGAUUCCAUGGAGAUACGUACUGUUUAUGACGACAAGGAGAUUGUAGCCGGAAACCAUUUGUCGGACAGCACUGCCAAUGGGGUUCGGAUUGAAGUGGGUAAAAAUGAGUUCUUGUCCAACUUAUCGUCGCACAGUUCUCCAAGUACAAGUUUUCAAUCGGCUGAUGUCUCAAUAGGAACACCACGAGGGACUUCAUUUUUUGCUGCUUCCACGCCUACACACCCUACAGAUGGUACCUCCGUAGAGAGCGGGACUGACAAACCACGGAGUCCUACACCACACCUUCCCGACUGCCCGUUUGUGGAGGAGUACCCCGUUGAUUUUCUACCCGAGUUACCAACAGAUCUGGCAACACUGAUAGACGACGAUUUCCUUCACUGUUGGAAAUCUGGCGUCUGCCUUCGUCACCCUCGGUUGUUCCUCCUACUGCAUUGCGUUACCGACACUGGUUCUAAUCGACAAAUAAUUCAUACGGAAGUGAGCCCUUCCCGUCAGGGCCGGAGAGUUUUGAGUUUCGUGGUGGACCACAUCGACACGCUCAUUCGAGAAUGGUACCAAGAGUUAUCGAUGACGGACGGACAGCAACCCAAAGUCAGGCAGCUUAUUCCCUGUAUGAUAUGCGAAAAACUUGGUCUUCCACCUUUUAAGUUCGCGUUUGCUGAAUGUCAGCAUCAAAGUUCUGAGUCAGAUUUUAUCCGUUGUCCCAAUCACCCCAAGCUGGUGCUUGAUCUUCACAAGAUUGCACCUGAUAUAAUGUUACAUGACGUAGAUCCUGAUUUAUUGUUAUCGCACGAGGACAUUACGUAUGAGGACGCUGAGUCGAGUGUGCUGGGAAGUGGAGGCUUUGGAAAAGUCUUUCGCGGGGAAUGCCGAGGACAGGCAGUCGCCAUCAAGUUCUACAUUCAAAGGGAUGAAUCCGAUCCCUUAAGGCAUUACCGAGAGGUGCGCAAGGAACUAAACGUGCUGCGUCGCGUGCGACAGCAUCCUUUUCUCAUAAACAUCAUCGGUGUGUCUCUGCGCCCCUUGUGCCUUGUGCUGGAACUAGCAGAGCGCGGGGCUCUCACCGAGAUCUUAUCUAGCCCAAAGUUGAUUGAUCGCAUCGUUCUCUUUCGGAUUGCAUAUCAAGUUGCAGACGCACUCAGAUUCCUGCAUAACAUGGGUGUCAUCUAUAGGGACUUAAAACCCGAAAAUGUCCUUGUUUGGUCCUUGGACGAACACUCUGAUCUUCACGUCAAGCUCAUUGAUUUUGGCACGGCAAACUUCGCGACUUCGACUGGUUUGAUUUCAUUAUCUGGAUCGCCUGGUAACCAUGCACCGGAGAUGUUGGAAUCAGCAAAUAAAGAGGAAUACACCUUUCAAGUUGAUGUAUAUUCUUAUGCGAUCCUUCUGUACCAAAUCAUCACCCGGUUAAUUCCGUUCAUCGAAUACGAUUCAGGAGCAAAAAUCAACGCAGCUGUAAUUGCUGGAGAGCGUCCGCAGUGGCAGCACGUUCCGGUGGCCUUUUUCGGUUUGCCGACGCUUACCGAACUUAUGCUUCGCUGCUGGUCCGGUAGGCCGACUAAGAGGCCGACGACCGCUGAAAUAACCGACCAAGUCCGUGAGCCCGCAUUCCAGUGUUUGAUAGCCAAGCAGCCUGUCGCCUCAGGGCAGCAGUCCGUGCGGCAUGCUUGUCACGUGCGAGACUCCCUUGAUCUGUGGUUAGCUUGCGAUGACCACACAGGCAACCGAAUUUUUAUCUACGAUGGUCGCAGACUGAGCAUGAAGUUCUCAUUCUCGAUUGAAACCUAUCAAGAGCAGCGUCUCUUGUUUCAAAUCCAGUACAUGCAUGUAAUGGCACCUUUCGUCCUCAUCGCUGUUCGCGGAGAGGUUGCCUUGGUCAACGCCUACUCCACCUCGAGUGAGUCGCGUUACAAGUGCGUGGCCUCCAUGAGAUUCGAUCAACCAGUCAGUUGUGUCGCAUCAAACGAUGAGUACGUGUUUGUUGGACUUCUCGAUGGAAACGUGCGUUGCAUCUUGAAAACAGAUAUGAAAAAGACCAGCAAAAAACGUGCUUCCUUCACCUUCAAUGUUGGACGCCACCGAAUUCUGUCACUCGCCGUGGCACAGGAUAAACUAUGGGUGUCUACAAGCCGGUACAUUUACAGAUAUUUGACAAAGCCAGGCGAAGUGGAGGCGUUCGACAUCGACGCCGUGUGGUACGGUGGUCCUGAGGGAAUGGAGAACAACCCACAGACGCAGAUCUCCUUUCUAAAGGUUACUCAUGACGAGAAAAGCGUUUUGUCUGUGUGCAGGUCCGUACUCAGUAAAUGGGACUCAGAGAACAGGCAGAACCACUUCAGCGUUGACUGCACAAAUGUUCUAAGGGGUCUCGCUACGGAAUCCAAGUCGCACAAAGAUCACGAUGAUGCGGCUACUUGUAUUACCUGCGUGGAGCCCACGAAUGACUCGAUUUGGGUGGGCACUGCGAGUGGCCACAUAAUGAUAUUUGAUUCUGAAACAGGAAAAUUACUCACUUGGUUUCAUCCUUUUGAUGAAACACGUAGUCUGACCGUGGUCAAUUCCCCUGGUCCUUGCGGCACAGAGCAAGGAUACGUCAUAAGUACCGGGAAGGGAUUAAGACCGGACGGUUUAGGUCCGAUAUGCAAACUUUCGGCGGAACGGGUUAAAGAAAUCCCGUGGCAAGAUACAAAUCGUAAAGUGAGUGAACCGGAACUAAAGAAGACUUCAACAGGGAGAAAACUAAGGACUCCUACUCCGCCCGUAGACGGGCAAGAAAACGAUGCUGUUGACGCAAACCCAACUUCGCGGCCGAAAUGUUCUAUGAUUAUGUGGGAACUGUUGUCCAAAAAUGGUUUCACAAGAAUAGAGGCCAAGAGCGGCCGAGAGCGCUUUUCUUGGAGCUACGGUGCCAAAGCAAAGUGUAGUGAUCAAUCCUUGCAGAAUGGCGAUGAAAAUAAUGAAGAGUGAAGAAUUCAAUGUCACGGUCUGAUGCAUUGACGAUCAGUUAGAAGUUCCCUGGAGAGGACUGGUCACCACAUUGUGGAGGUCGAGGCCAGUGCGCUAGCUCGACCAUUUAAACUAGUGUGGUUUCUGGUUUUUAUUUCCAUUAUCGCACGGAGCAAAAUAACAGAGAGCUGCAAGUUCGGUUAGUUUUUCAUCCAUAAAAUCUUAUCAAUCUGCUCUCAGAGUCUCUCCUCUUUUCGUCAGCUGAGGCAAAGGAAAGAAGGAGAGAGAGAGGAGGGGUGAGAGAGGGAGAGAGAGGGGGGGGGAGAGGGAAAGAGAGGGGGAGGAGGAGAGAGAGAGAGAGAGAGUGUGUGUGUAACGCCAGAUUCACGACGAUUGCUGAAAGGCCGAAGGUCACUUGCGAGACAACGUGUCGCGGUGAAUAGAGCGUGUGUGAGGGGAUGCUUUACUGAUUGAAUAGUGCCCGAGAUCACGGAAAACCAACUGUAGUGGACGGUGAAUUUAUUGACAAUAAUCAAACGUAAACUGAAAUACAAUGCAGCAAACUAAUUACUCGGUAAUAAGGGAUUUCACUGAAGACGGCAAGUCACGAGUCAAUAGUUAUAAACAUUCCAAUCAUUUUUACUGCGUGACAACGUUUAUAAAACCAGGUUUUGAAUGAUUAACGAUUAAGGGUAGGAAGGAAAAGGAAGGCUUGCUAGGGAAGUGAAUGAUUCGAUACCUUAAUAGCAGCAUAGGCGGAAUUGCUAAGGUCUACAGUGUUGCUAAGGUUGAGAUCGGA